AGUGACAACAUGGCGGAGGAUUUGAAGAAACUGUUCCAUCGGCAAAUGAAACAGAUUGAUGGUCUUCAUGCCAUCAUAGUAACAGACAGAGAAGGUGUCCCGGUUGUGAAGGUUUCUGAUGACAGUGCUCCAGAACUAGCUACGAGGCCAUCAUUCCUCUCAACCUUUGGUAUCGCUACAGAACAAGCCAGUAAAUUAGGACUUUCUCGCAACAAAAAUAUGAUAUGCUUUUACACAAAUUACCAGGUGGUGCAUUUGAACAAAUUGCCUUUGAUUGUGACAAUGAUUGCAACAAGUGAUGCUAAUACUGGUCUUAUUCUGAGUCUUGAGCAAGAAUUGGACGAUGCUUUACAGGAAUUGAAAAUGGCUGUCAGCGGAUCAUAAUCAGUGGAGUCUUUCUGACAAGGACAUAAAUGACUUUACAAUGUGCUUCACUAUUAAAUGAGGAGUGUGUGAAGAUAAUGCUGAGCUGGCACUUAUCGUAUUGACUAAGUUCCUGUUCAGAGGACAGUAUUUGUUAAAGCAUUUGAAAAAGUCCACUUUAUUGCAAACCGCUUGUCUGUACUGUCGAGGAACUUUGGAACAACUGUUCGUGCUGGCAAAGAAUUAUCUUGGGAUACUCUUCCUUUAAUGACCUGUUGGGUGGGUCAUGUUUCAAAUGUGCAAGGUUCUGCCUAUUUUGCUUUGUGUACAAGAUAGUGUUAAGUUAAUAAGUAUCGUUGCAAGCCAGUUGAAAGGUAUCAAUUCAGCCUUUGGCUUUGUAAAUCAUAUAGAAUUGUAUCAGUGUGUUUGCUGUUACAAUCUUAGAUAUAAAAAAACAUAUGUACGUGUAUAUAUGAUAGAAAAUAAUUAUUCCCAUCAA